CCUCUGACGCCUGGGGCUGUGCCCGCGGCUCCUGGACGGGCACCCUCGGGGCCCUUCCCACGCCACGGGACUCGGUUCCGUGGGGACGGCUGAGAUGAGCCUGAGGUUCACUGUUGGGGUCAGAGUCACAGCUGGGACAGACGUGGCAGGGCCCUUGGACGUUCGGUACAAAGAAGGCAUUCUUCAUUUUGCGGGGCUGUGCCUGAGCUAGGGGCGUCCGGGGACCGUGAAGCCCAGAGCGGAGUGUGGGGGGCACGCGGGAGAGCGGCUGCCACGCAAGCCCCUUCAGGGGUGGGAGGAGGGCCUGGAAAUGAGGCCCAGAGUGAGGGGCGCUGUAGCGGGAGGCAGGAGAGCCUCCUCUGAAUCCUUGGAGCUGUGCAUCCCUGGGCAGGUGGCUUCUCCUCUCUGGCCUCAGUCUCCUCGGCUUACGAGCCAGGUUCUGUACCCUGUUGCAAAUCGCCAGUGUUGUGCUAGAGUCUGGCGGGGAAGGCGGGGACGCCUGCCGCUCCAGGUGACGGGACGCCGUGCAGGGUGCUGCCACGCUGGGACGUGUCCCUGCCACCCCUUGCUGUUGCUGAGGACCCCCCACGCCGGGCGUCCUUCGGAGGGGAGACUUCCACUGUUCCCAUCGGCCUGCAGGAAGGUUCCAGAAGAGCCGGUGGCUGUCCCCGGGGGAGGGGGUGUUCAUGGGCAACAACAGGGGCUCCCCGGAGAGGCCAGGCCCGCCAUGCUGCAGUGCAGGCCGGCCCAGGAGUUCUGCUUCGGCCCGCGGGCCCUGAAGGAGGCACUGGUCUCCACCGACCCCGCCCUGCGGGAGCGCUAUGUGUCCUCCUUCACCCCUGCCGAGAGGCUUUUCCUGGCCGAGGCCUACAACCCCCGGAGGACCCUCUUCUGCACGCUGCUCAUCCGCACGGCCUUCGACUGGCUCCUCAGCCGUCCCGAGGCCCCCGAGGACUUCCAGACCUUCCACGCCUCCCUGCCGUCCCGGAGGCAGAGCCCUGCCCGCAAGCACAUCUACCUGCAGCCCAUAGACCUGAGUGAGGGGCCGGCGGGCGGCGCUCUACUGGAAGCCCUGAGGAACUGCACGGAGGCCUUUUUCUUGGGCUUGCAGGUCAGGUGCCUGCCCUCAGUGGCGGCCGCGUCCAUCCACUGCUCCUCGCGUCCCAGCCAGGACUCGGACAGACUCCAGCUCCACACAGACGGCAUCCUGUCUUUCCUGAAGAACAGCAAGCCGGGUGACGCGCUGUGUGUGCUGGGCCUCACGCUGUCCGACCUGUACCCGUGCGAGGCCUGGAGCUUCACCUUUGGCAAGUUCCUUCCAGGCCACGAAGUAGGCGUCUGCAGCUUUGCCCGGUUCUCGGGGGAUCUCCUGCAGUCGGGGCCCAGCGCCGCUGACCCAGCCCCGGCCGAGGUGGCCGCAGACAGCCCCGAGACUCCCGUGCGGGACGGAGGCCAGAGCGUGGGCUUCAGCGCCCUGGGGAUGGUCCAGUGCUGCAAGGUCACGUGUCAUGAGCUCUGCCACCUCCUGGGCCUGGGGAACUGCCGCUGGCUGCGCUGCCUCAUGCAGGGGGCGCUCAGCCUGGACGAGGCCCUGCGGCGGCCCCUGGACCUCUGUCCCAUCUGCCUGAGGAAGCUGCAGCACGUCCUGGGCUUCAAGCUCGUCGAGAGGUACAAGAGACUUCACGCCUGGACGCAAGCCGGGACACGGGCGCGGCCCAGCCCGGACGCAGGGCUGCCCUCGGUGGUGGAGGACACCCUCCCCAGCAGCGCCGACUCAGGCCUGAGCUGCGGGAGCACGUCGGAGCCGGGCAGCAGCCUGUCGGAGCCCCUGACUCCCGAUGCGUGGAGCCGCAGCUUCUCCGGGGGGCCGGAGCUGGAGCCCGAGGAGGGGCUGGGCUCGCUGGCCGUCCCUGAGAGCCCGCUGCCGCUCGGACCCCCAUGGGAGGCCAUCGAGGAGCACGGGCGGUGGCUGGCGCUGUGCAUCCAGGCCCUGGAGCGCGAGGUGACGGAGGACGAACUGGUGCAGGUGGACGGGGCCGUGGACGCCCUGGCCGGGUGGGAGAUGUUCACAGGGCAGCUCCCAGCCCCCAGGCCGGACCUGCCCUGCAGCCGAGACGGCAUGCGGCUGCGCAGGGUCCUGGGGGGCACGUUCUCCUCCCUGCGGAGGAAACUGAGCACAUGCAAACUGUCCAAGGCAGGAUCGUCCCCCGGUCGCUGGAGGGCAGAGGAGAAUUAACGCGGGAGCCCAUCUGUCCAGCGCCGUGUAGCCUGGGUGCCCGGAGGGGUGCUCUCCAGGGCAGCAGAGGAAGGUCAGCUGCAGGCCUGCAUCCUACCCCCGGGUCCCAGCAGAGGGUCCUCAGGCCCUGCCUGGAUGGCACGAGGGGCUCUGGGCCUGGACGUCCCUCGCCUGCACGGCUGGAAUGCAGGUUGCCGGGGGCAGGGGCUGCCUGGGGCUGGAGCCUGUCUACACACCCGGGGAAAGCGAGGGGCUGGCGGUUCUGUCGACCCUGCGCGGGCAGGGGCACAGUGACAGACCCUCCGUGUCCCCCGCAGAGGUGAGAACAGUGCGGUCUGCGGACAAGGGCGGCCUGUGGGGUCCCCGGUCCUGGCACUUAUGGCAUCGCUCAUGACCUGUGGGUCGUCACGGACUUUUCCGACUCCGUCCAAUGCGAGCCACGCUAAGGCGGCCAGCCUGCCCGGGGUGUGUGUGUCCUUUCGAUUCUGUCACCCCGUGUUUCCUGCAGCUGAAGCUCCGGCGUGCACGCUCGUCUGCCUGCUCCGUCCUUGUUCUCGAACGUCCCCCGCGGCUGCAGGGAGAGAAGCUGUGGGUGCCAACAGCAGCGUUCUUGCAGCAUCGAGUGUGGUCACGGCUGCUUCUCCCUCCCGGAAAGAGGCAGGAACGGGUGCUCGUACACUCGGGGCUAGCUUACAGUUUGGGGGCUUUCUAAGGAAAAGAGUGUAAAACAUACUCCAGAUUUAGGGUCCCGCCCGCCUCCCCGCCGCCUCCCCCCGCAAGCAGGCCUGAGGCUUCCUGUCGGCGGACACCAGGCGGGGUGCAGGGUCCCAGGCCCGCAGGGCGCGGGCUCCAGGGCUGGGUCCUGGCUUCCGCGAGCAUCACAGUGACCAGGAGGUCAUGGAGGGAGGGGGGAAAGCCGACAGAGGGAGGCCUGCACCUGGGGAUCUGUUGCUGCGAACACAGCCCCCACCCUUCGCGCCUUAGAGCCCUGACCUUCUGCUCCGAGCUCAGCUCAGGCGUUUGGCCUGGGGCCAGAGCCAGCAGGAAGGUCGGCCUCACGGAGAGCUGGCUGCCGGGGCUGGGGCAGCAUGGCCAGGAAGGCAGCAGGACCCCCAGGAGCGCCCCAGAGCCUCGCUGCCACCGUACCCCAGCACGGCUGUCACCCGGCUCCACGGGGAGGGGCCCUGGGUGCCCCCUUCCAGCCAGAGCAGGGGUGAGGGGAAACCUGCCCGGUCUGUGAGCGUGGCUUGGAUCGGCCAUCUUGCCACCUCCGUCGGGUUACCUGUGUCCCAGUUUCCUUCCGUCUUCUGCAAAAGGUGGGUCCCCAGGCGACGGAGGAGAAGCUAGGACGCCCUGGCUCAGGAGCGGGGAGGGGGCGCUCAGGCGGAGCCCAUGCCGUGGGGUGGGGCCGCCCCGUCCACUCUGCCUCCCGGCUGCACACGGACAGCGGUUUGAAAGCUGCUGGGGGAAUGUUUUGAGACUCAAACUCUAAGAGAGAUUCUUUCCGGCAUCAAAUAGGCUGGUGGGGGGGGCGGUCCCCAGGGACGGCGGCUCUGGCGGAGGAUGGAACGCACGCCGUCUGCCCCAGCGCGGUCCCGGGCCCCGGCACGGCCACACACCUCACCCAAGCGGAACCGGGUAACCCCACAUCAUGGUUUCCGAGAAGCGACGGGCCCGGGCUUUUGUUAAUAAACACACACGAUGGACUGUA